CUUUCCCUCUAACCUCAACUUCAUCUUCUUUACCCCUUCCCCCCCGCUCCCCAACUAUCACCAUUCUUUUGAGGCUGGCGCCUCAAGUUCCUCUACUUACCGUACCUGUUUGUUGCUUGUUGCUGGGGCCAAGUCAAGGUACACUACACACUAAGCAGCUACUGCAUACAAUAGGCGGCUGCCCGUGACCACCAUUCGCAUUUCCUCCUCCUGUUUCAGCUCGCUCGCUCCUAUCGUAAAAACUCAAAACAACAAUCUUCACUUCGCAUCGCCAUCAAUAUUCACCCAACGAGUAUUGAUUAGGAUCCCGACAGUGCUGAGCACCUACGGGAGCAUAACUAUUCAUCAUGGCGUACAAUGGCCGUGACCAGGAGUAUGGAGGCCAUGCCCUCCAGGACCUUCCUGCUGGCAGUAGCCAGUACCAUCUUCCCCCUCAAGAGAAUGAUGAGGAGCAGGGCCGUGGCCUUUUGAACUCGGGCUACGAACAAGAUCGACUCGGCGCCCGAACUCCUCCCGACCGCCCUGUCUCUGCUUACAGUCUUACUGAGUCCUAUGCCCCUGGUGCUUCGUCCGCCAUGCCCGGCCAGGGACCUACUGGAUAUGGCGACACUGGUGGCAGCUUCGGCCAGUUUGGAAACCUGGAUGCCAAUGCUCCUUUCCCUCGCCCCGACUCUGCCUUUGAUCCUGAGGACAGCUGGGUUGAGCGUCAGCAGCAGCCCCAGAUGGGUGGUGGCGGCGGCCUUGGUCGUUCAAAGACCCGAAAGAUCAAGCUGGUUCAGGGUUCAGUCCUGAGCAUUGAUUACCCCGUUCCCAGUGCCAUCAAGAACGCUGUUCAGCCUCAAUACCGUGAUGCCGAGAGUGGCACUGAGGAAUUCCACAAGAUGCGAUACACCGCUGCCACAUGUGAUCCCAACGACUUCACCCUCAAGAACGGUUACGAUUUGCGGCCUCGCAUGUACAACCGACACACUGAGCUGCUUAUUGCCAUUACAUACUAUAACGAAGACAAGGUUCUGCUUGCCCGAACCCUGCAUCACACUAUGCAGAACAUCCGCGAUAUCGUCAACCUGAAGAAGUCGACUUUCUGGAACAAGGGUGGCCCUGCUUGGCAGAAGAUCGUUGUCUGCUUGGUUUUCGACGGUAUUGAUAAGGCUGACAAGAACACCCUUGAUGUACUUGCCACCGUAGGUGUUUACCAGGAUGGUGUCAUCAAGAAGGAUGUCGACGGCAAGGAGACCGUUGCCCACAUCUUCGAAUACACCUCCCAACUUUCCGUCACCCCCAACCAGCAGCUCAUCCGACCUACAAACGAGGGUUCCCAGAACCUGCCACCAGUUCAGAUGAUCUUCUGUUUGAAGCAGAAGAACACCAAGAAGAUCAACUCUCAUCGAUGGUUGUUCAACGCCUUCGGUCGUAUCCUGAACCCUGAGGUGUGUAUUCUGCUUGAUGCGGGUACCAAGCCCAGUCCCCGAUCGCUCCUUGCUCUUUGGGAGGGUUUCUACAACGACAAGGAUCUUGGUGGUGCUUGUGGUGAAAUUCACGCCAUGUUGGGUAAGGGCGGCAAGAAGCUGUUCAACCCCCUCGUUGCUGUCCAGAACUUCGAGUACAAGAUCUCCAACAUUCUCGACAAGCCUCUUGAGUCAUCUUUCGGUUACGUUAGUGUGUUGCCCGGUGCCUUCUCUGCUUAUCGAUUCCGUGCGAUCAUGGGUCGUCCUCUGGAGCAAUAUUUCCAUGGUGAUCAUACUUUGUCUAAGAUGCUUGGUAAGAAGGGUAUCGACGGUAUGAACAUUUUCAAGAAGAACAUGUUCUUGGCUGAGGAUCGUAUUCUGUGUUUCGAGCUGGUCGCCAAGGCUGGCCAGAAGUGGCAUUUGUCUUAUAUCAAGGCUGCCAAGGGUGAAACCGAUGUUCCCGAAGGUGCCGCUGAAUUCAUCAGUCAGCGUCGUCGUUGGCUCAACGGUUCGUUCGCUGCCACUCUGUACUCGCUGAUGCACUUCGGUCGAAUGUACAAGUCGGGUCAUAACAUCAUCCGCAUGUUCUUCCUUCACAUUCAGCUCAUCUACACGACUCUCAACACUAUGUUUGCUUGGUUCUCUCUCGGUUCUUACUGGCUUACAACAUCCGUCAUUAUGGAUCUUGUGGGUAAACCUAAUGCUACCUCUGGAGUUCACGCUUGGCCAUUCGGUGACACAGGUACUCCCAUCGUCAACGCUCUGCUCCAAUACCUCUACCUGGCCUUUGUUAUGCUCCAGUUCAUUCUGGCUCUGGGUAACAGACCCAAGGGUUCAAAGUUUACUUAUAUCGCUUCGUUCAUGGUCUUCGGUCUCAUCCAGGGUUACAUCCUGGUUCUGUCCGCUUACCUGGUCGUUCGUGCUUUUGACACACCUAUUGGAGACCAGAUCUCGUUUGCUUCGACCGACGCUUUCCUGAACAGUUUCUUCGGUGGUUCAAGCGCUGGUGGUGUUAUUCUGGUCGCUCUUAUUACCAUUUACGGAUUGAACUUUAUUGCCUCAUUCAUGUACCUCGACCCUUGGCACAUGUUCCACUCCUUCCCUUACUACCUGGUUCUCAUGUCAACUUACAUCAACAUUCUCAUGGUCUACGCGUUCAACAACUGGCACGAUGUUUCUUGGGGUACCAAGGGUUCCGACAAGGCCGAGGCACUUCCCUCUGCCCACGUCACCAAGGGAGAGAAGAACGAGGUUGUCGUCGAGGAAGUCGAGAAGGAGCAGGAGGAUAUUGACAGUCAGUUUGAGCAAACAGUCCGCCGUGCUCUUGCUCCUUUCAAGGAAGAGGAGGAGGUCGAGAAGGCCGAUGUCGAGGAUGGUUACAAGUCUUUCCGAACUGGUCUCGUCGUCUGCUGGUUGUUUGGAAACAUUCUUCUCAUUGUUUGCAUUACCAGCACCAACUUUGAUAACCUUGGAUGGGGUGAACCUGCCACAGAACGAAAGGCGCAUUACUUCCAGUUCCUUCUGUACGCUACUGCCGUGCUCUCGCUUGUUCGUUUCUUCGGUUUCUUGUGGUUCCUCGGCAGGACUGGUAUCAUGUGCUGUUUCUCAAGAAAUUAAGCGGCGUCCGUAUCUGCGCAUGUUGCAUUCGACACUCUCUCCUUUUCUGGAGAGGCCAACUACGAAAAAGUAUUGGCACUUGUCACGUUAGACAAGCUGGAUUUUUGUAUCGGAUACCUUUGUUAUGUAACGUACGCUGGGUUUUGAGUAUUUAAUGGAGGCACAUCAACAAAAGAGCACAUUUGGAGUGAAGGUAUUCGGGGGCGGUCAUAGAUACGCGCAGGUGUAUUCUCUAUUUAGUCUUUUUCAGAUUGGCAUCUACCCCUGAGGGUUUAUGACGCAUUUGAAUGAUAUGAUUUUUGUAAAUAUCAAGAAACGAGCUUUGUCCUGAACGAAGACAUGU